AAAUCCCUAAAUUCAUGCAUAUUUUAGCCUCCUUAAUUUCGUAACCUCCCAAUUUAUGUUAGUACUUGUGCUGAAUAUCCAACAUCAUGGCCUUUGAUUUGGAGUCUUUGUCAGAGGCAACAUCAGGGGCAAUUGGUGCUCUGGUUAGCACCACUAUAUCGUACCCACUUGACACCUGCAAGACCAAAUAUCAAGCUGAGGUUAGAGCUCAUCAUCAACAAAAGUAUAGGAACAUAUCUGAUGUUUUCUGGGAGGCAAUUGCUUCCAGGCAGGUUCUUUCAUUGUAUCAAGGCCUUGGGACGAAGAACUUGCAGUCUUUUAUUUCACAAUUUGUAUAUUUCUACGGGUACAGCUUCUUUAAGCGGUUAUAUUUGGAGAAAAGUAGGAACAAAACCAUUGGAACAAAGGCAAAUUUGAUAGUGGCUGCUGCUGCUGGGGCUUGCACUGUCAUAGUGACACAGCCCCUGGAUACAGCAUCCUCUAAAAUGCAAACAAGUGAAUUUGGAAAAUCCAGAGGACUUUGGAAAACCCUCUCGGAGGGCACUUGGAGUGAGGCAUUUGAUGGUCUUGGCAUAUCUCUUCUUCUGACAUCAAACCCAUCAAUCCAGUACACAGUUUUUGAUCAGUUGAAACGAAGACUACUGGAGCGGCAGCUCAGCAAAAGAUCAAGCAUAGAAUCAUCUCCAGAAGCACUCUCUGCCUUUUCUGCUUUUGUAUUGGGUGCAGUUUCAAAGUGCAUUGCGACGUGUGUCACAUACCCAGCUAUCAGAUGUAAAGUGACGCUUCAGGCUGCGGAAUCAGAUGAAAGUGAGGCUGAGGAAGUUCAAGCAAAAACCAAGACAAUUUCAGGUGCACUCUAUUCUAUUUGGAAAAAUGAAGGUGCGGCAGGUUUCUUCAAAGGGUUGCUGGCCCAGAACCUGAAGACUGUGCUGAGCUCAGCAUUGCUCUUGAUGAUAAAGGAGAAGAUAUCAAAGAUUACAUGGUUCCUGAUGCUUGCACUUAAAAGGUAUCUGUUUGUCACACGCAGCAGAAUCAAGAGCACUUUAUUGCGGUGAUAAUCAUAUGCAUGGAAGUUGGAUCCCUGUCAAUAAGGGGCUCUGCUGGAUAUGCCCGCAACGGUAUUAAAUUUCUUAGACGUUGUAACUAGGUAGUAGACCUGGAUGCCAGUUCAUCUUUCCCGGGGAAGAAAUUUUAAUUUGCCGCAGAAGUGUUUAUUUUUAUCCCUCGAUAUCCUGCUCAAAUUAAAAGAUAUAGAGCAAAUAAAGUAGAUUUUUUAACAUCA